AUGGCGACGAACGGCGGCGCUGGCAUCAUCCAGCCUGGCAUUUUCGAAGACCUGCAAAAGAAAAUUGACGAGGACACCGCCGUCAAAGAUGCGUUGCGCGACAUUGUCCAAAACCUCGAGAAGCAGGAUCGUGCUGCGCAAUCAGCUCUCUCCAGAGCCCAUUCGACCACCACGGCCAACAUGCCCACUGUGAUCAAAUCUGCUUCAGAUCACAUUGCCAGCGAGAUCGAGACGGUUCAGCAGCUGUCGAAGGUGGCGAGCCAGCAUCCAUACUAUCGCUUCAACUACGCCUGGUCGAGACAGAUGGAGAGUGUCUGCUUCUCGAUACUGCUAUGCGGUUGGCUUGGGGGAUUUGGAAAGAAUGAGGCCGGCCAGCUCUUGACUAUUGAGGAAGUUGGCCAGAUUCUGCAGAUCCCUGUCAACGUCAAGGACCGAGACACCUUCCAUCUGACCAUCGAGGAGUACCUGCUCUCACUCAUCUCUCUGCUCGAUGAGCUUUCCCGCCUGGCUCGCAACUCGGUAACUCUUGGAGAUUACCGCAGACCACUCCAGAUCAGCCAGUUCAUCAAGGAUGUCCAUGCUGGCUUCCAGAUCCUCAAUCUCAAGAACGAUUCACUCCGCAAGCGGUCUGACGGGAUCAAGUACAAAGUCAAGGAGGUCGAAGAUGUAGUGUACGACCUCAGUCUCAGAGGCCUGCUGCCCAAAGACCAAUAG